CUCGUCUCUCUUUUCUCGACUUGCUACCCUCUGUUUGAAUGAUUUUAAGGGGUAAAUGGCGCCUCUUUCAACGGUCAGAGGCAUUGUAAGUUGUCGGAGCUUCAUUUCAAUUUUGGUAAACACUCAAACAACCUGAUUUCACCCGCAAUUUCGAAGUAAAAAAUCCCUUUCGAAAUAUACCAGGGAAAAGUUUAGAGCGGGAAGCAAAUGGCGAACCUCUCAAGUCUAGUUCACGAACUCCGUGAACGAAUAGCAGCAUCAUCGUCAACACCUCCGAACAGAUCAGAAGAUGCUUCUUUAGAGCUCCGAUUUCGGGCCGUUAUCCCCAAUCUCCUCCACGCCUACGUCAUUCCAUCUUCAUCUGCAAACGAGAGGGAGGUGAUUGCGGUACUGAAAUUAUUGACUCAUACGGUCAAGAAUUUUCCGGGAGUUUUUUUCCAUGGAAAGGCCAGUGCAAUUUUACCAAUAAUCUGUCGUAUAUUACCUUUUUUGGCCGAACCCUCAUUCUGCUCUCGUCAUGGAAUAAUAUUUGAAACACUAGGAUCCCUUUUAUCCUUGCUCCGUACAGGAGACCGAGAUGCGUACCGUCAGUUUUUUGAAGAUGUCAUGGGGGUGGUUGAAGAUCUCUUGACUAUAGCUUCAGUAGUCAAUAACACAAGCAACCCAGAACCGGAAGUGUCUCUGAGGUGUUUCUGCGAGUCCCUUUUUGGAAUCUCCACCGACUCUACUGUUCUCAGUGAACUCCCAGCAUGCAAUAAACCGGUUGAUGGUUUUGGUAUUAUGAUCAACCUUACAGGACUUGCCAGAUGGCAGCCUUUUGCUACUUGGAUCAUUAAAAUUUCCUGUAAAUGUGUAACUGAAGGAGCUCUGAAUGUGGAAGGGCUAAUAAAUGUGCCAUUUGUUUUGGCUGCUUGUAAGCUACUGUGCUAUGGAGAUGCUGCUUUGCAAAUGGCUUGCUUUGACUUGGUGCGCAUCUUGGGAGCAGUAGUAAACGAUGACAUUAUCCCUAGUGAAAACAUGAUUCUGUCAAUAUCGACCAUAUUGAGUGAAGCGGAGGAUGGACGUCCUGUGUUCAGAGAUACAGUUUACGAUUCUUCUUUGGGCGGAUGCCUUCAAGCACUAUACUCUAGUUGUACUGAUGAUGUUAUCAAACUGACAGCCGCUGAUAUAGUCAAUGUCUUUCCUGAGUCAUUGCAGAAGACUGGAAGUCCUGAACUCAAGGCUGCCUUGUGUGGUGCAUAUGUUCAAAUUGCUAAAGUAUGCCCCCCUCAUAUCUGGAAGCCCGAAUCAUUAAUUAACAUUCUUUGUUAUCCAAAACCUUAUUAUGGUCUGGUUGAGUGCUUUCAAGUGGCCCUAUCUAUUCUUGAUCCUGAUCUUGUUGGAGAGACAACUAACAUGGAAGAUUGUUCGGAUGCAUCACCGUCAAGAGCCAGUGGAUGUGAACCAGUGAGAAUUGGAGAAAAAAGGCCAGUUCAUCACUCCAACAUUUUGAAGGUUAAGCGGCAGAAGGUAGAUGGAUCUGAAAAUUUCAAUCCUGCUUUGCAAAAUGUGAGCAAGGUUGACUACCUGCCUUGUGAAGGAAAAACAGAAUAUGCUGAAUAUAUAAGCUCUUCACUUCGUUUGUUUAUUGAAUGCCUGGAACCUCCUGGUGGCAAGGCUAAUGUGUUAGAACCAGAAAUUUCUUUGACAGCUCUUAGCAUGCUCUGCAUUGUUUUCUGCAAAUACCAUUGGGCGAAAUUUUCAAUUCAGAUUUCUCAUCAGAUGCUUGAAUGGAUUCCUUGGAUUUGUCAGCAGGCAAACCAAGAAAGUUUAGGUCGACUUGAUUUAUCUAUCUAUCUUGAAGCAUUUCACAGUUUACUGCUUAAACAGAGAUUUCUUCCUGUGAAGGAUGAGCUUUUCAGAGAUAAUGGUGAUGCUACAAAUCUAAUGCAGUUGGUGUUGAAGAUUCCGUGGAAUCAUUCUCUUCUGGCAGCUGAACCCUGUCUGCUGUGGAAGACAAAAUGUUUCUGCCUUCAGAUUCUUUCCAUGAUGGGACCUUUGUCUGAAAGUGGGAGUGAUCUAGAUGUUUUGGACUUGGGUCUUCAGGAUGAAGCAAAAGAAGUUAGAAGUGAAGCCAUCAUCGCUAUGCCAUUGAUUGUCCUGUGCAGAUUUGGUACAGUGGCACAGAUUUACAAGAGACUGGAAUUCCUGUGGAAAGAGGAGAAUGAGAAAGUUAAGAAAUCCAUUACCAUCUCUCUUGGUUAUUUGGCAUGUCUCUAUGGAUCUUCUGAUGACAAUGCAAGAUUUUCUGAAAACAAGUGCAAAUUGUUCUUAAAAGAGGAGAACAAUAAACACAGUUGGACAGGAGAUCAGCUAUUGCGCGGAUUUUGGUGUUCUAUGUGUGACAAAAGUGUUCUGCACAACCAUGAAUCAUUUUCAAUAACAUCCAAUCUCCAUAAUAUUGGAAACGUAGUGGCUAAGUUGGAUUGUGAUUACAGAGAUCUCCUCCGUCCUUUUUUCACUCUCCUUCAUGAUGAAUCUGAAGAGAUUCGACUUUCCUGUGUGGCAAUAGUUGGGCGGAUCCUCGUUCACAUGAAUGCAGCUACUUUAAAUGAAACCAAAAUCGAGUGGAUAAAAUCUAUUGAUUACCUCCUGCUUCAUAGAAGGAAAUCUGUAAGAGAAGCAUUCAGCAGACAGAUUAGUUGUUUCCUUGAGCAUCAUAUAUUAACUUGUUUGUUUCUCGAUGAGGAGAGUGGGAAAACAAAAGAGCAAUUAUUUUUGGAUAAGAUUAGACAUGGGUAUGAAGCAGCCAGUGAUCCAGAAGUAUUUGAAACUCUUCUUGAAGCAACAGCAGGUAUCAUGGUUGCAGCAGAUAUACAUGGUCAACUCUUCUUAUCUUCUCUUAUUUUACUGCUUGAUCAACUUGACAAUCCAAGUUUGACCGUGAGAAUGUCCGCAUCUAAAUUGAUUCACAGAUCAUGCUUUUUUCAUCUUAAAGGAGGUUUGGAGCACAUCCUUGCUAAAUUUUAUCACAUACGAAACGAAGUAUAUAAUUAUCUAUCAUUGCGGCUUGUGGGAAGCCCAAAAUUGAUUGAAGAAUUUGCAACAACACUUCUUGACGUUAAAACUGAAGAACUUGUUAAAAGAAUGGUCCCAGUGGUCCUUCCGAAGCUUGUGAUUGCUCAGCAGGAUGAUCAUCAAGCAGUCGUUACCUUAGAAGAGUUGGCCAGAUAUUUGAACAAGGCAGUGGUUGAACUUGUAGUCGAAUGGAUACCGAAAGUUCUUGCUUUUGCACUUUAUCAAGCAGAUGGGCACAAAUUAGACUGUGCUUUGCAGUUCUAUCGUGAUCAUACUGGCACUGACAAGAAAGGAAUUUUUAAUGCUGCUUUAGCUGAGCUUUUGGAUGAACUAGUCUGUUCUGUGGAUGAAGGUGAUUCAGUUGAUACCAGCAUAAGGUUAUCAAAGGUGCCUCUGAUGCUAAAAGAAAUUGCAAAAAUUUUGAGAGGUAAUGAGGAUCUUCCAGGAUUUUUAAGGACGUAUUUCGUUGGUCUUCUUAACAGCAUUGACCGGAAAAUGCUCCACGCAGACGAUAUUUCACUCCAAAUACAAGCAACAAAACGUAUCGAGAUGUUGAUCAAUAUGAUGGGCUCCCACCUUAGCACUUAUGUACCAAAACUCAUGGUUCUUCUCAUGCAUGCAAUUGGUAAGGAACCACUGCAGAGCGAUGGUCUUGCUGUCUUACAUUGUUUUGUCAGACAAUUGGCAAAGGUAUGCCCUUCUAGUACUAAACAUGUGAUCUCUCAGGUUUUUGCUGCGCUUAUCCCCUUACUCGAGAAACACAAAGAGCAUUCUUCUUUGCAUAUGAUCACAAUUGUGAAAAUUUUGGAAGAACUUGUAUUUGAGAAUAAGACUGUCCUGAAACAGCAUAUCUGUGAAUUUCCUCCUCUGCCGAACAUUCCUGCCCUUGCAGAAGUGAACAAAGUAAUAGAGGAAGCACGUGGAGCCAUGACCUUAAAGGAUCAGUUGAGAGAUAUUGUUGAUGGAUUGAACCAUGAAAACUUAAAUGUUAGGUAUAUGGUAGCAUGUGAGCUAAAUAAAUUGCUAAAAUUGAGGAGAGAGGAUGUCACGGUCAUGGUAAAUGGGGAAGGGGAUUCGGAUAUGGACGUCCUGAGCUCUUUGAUUACAUCCUUACUUAGAGGCUGUGCAGAAGAAUCAAGGACCGUAGUUGGACAGCGGCUGAAGUUGGGCUGUGCUGAUUGUCUUGGAUUGCUUGGAGCUGUUGAUCCUGCCAAGCUCAAAGGGUUUUCAAAUCAACGUUUUAAAAUUGCAUGUUCAGAUGAUGAUUUAAUUUUUGAGUUGAUCCACAAGCAUUUGGCUAGGGCUUUUAGAGCCGCACCCGACACCGUAAUUCAGGACUCGGCUGCUCUGGCUAUACAGGAGUUAUUGCAGAUUGCUGGUUGUAAGGAAUCUCUUGAUGAAGCUUCUAGCUUACAGGCACAAGCUCACAUGUCAAAUGCCAAUGCCCAUGGUAUCAGAAGCAACGAGUCCACCAAGAUGGAUGGGAGGGGUCAAAGAUUGUGGGGUCGGUUUUCUAAUUAUGUUAAAGAGAUAAUAGCUCCUUGCUUAACCUCAAGGUUUCAUCUUCCAAAGAUGGCUGAUUCUGCAUCUCCUGGUCCUAUUUAUCGACCUUCUUUGUCAUUCCGGAGAUGGAUCUCCAACUGGGUUAAAAAACUUACCGUACAUGCAACUGGUUCACGAGAAAAGAUCUUUAAAGCCUGUCGAGGUAUUGUACGCCAUGAUAUGCAAACAGCAACAUAUCUGCUACCAUACUUGGUAUUAAAUGCUGUCUUACAUGGUACUGAGGAGGCACGCCACGGCAUAACAGAAGAAAUUCUUUCAGUUCUUAAUGCAGCUGCUUCGGAGAAUAGCACAAUCCCUAUUCCAGGAAUCAGUUCUGGUCAAAGUGAUGUUUGCAUUCAAGCCGUUUUUACUCUCCUUGAUAAUCUUGGACAAUGGGUUGAUGAUAUCGAACAAGAGCUUGCUCUAUCUCAGUCUUUGCGGUCAUCGAGUUCAAAGCAACCUGCCUCCAAAUUAAAGGAUCGUAGUGCAAAUUAUUCAUUGGAUCCAGACCAGUUAUCUAUGCAGUGCAAACAUGUUUCAGAGCUUUUGUCUGCAAUUCCGAAGGUGACCCUUGCUAAGGCCUCAUUUAGGUGUCAGGCUUAUGCUAGGUCUUUGUUGUACUUUGAGUGUCAUGUGCGUGAGAAGUCUGGUUCGUUCAACCCAUCCGCUGAGAGAAGUGGUAUUUUUGAAGAUGAAGAUGUUUCAUUCCUAAUGGAAAUAUACAGUGGUUUGGAUGAGCCAGAUGGUUUGUCUGGUUUGGCAUCUUUACGGAAAUCAAAGAGCUUGCAAGAUCAGCUCCUAAUAAAUAAAAAGGCAGGAAACUGGGCCGAAGUUUUGACUUCUUGCGAACAGGCUUUGCAGAUGGAACCCACUUCCGUUCCAAAGCAUUCAGAUGUUCUUAAUUGUUUGAUAAAUAUGUGCCAUCUGCAGGCAGUGGUUACUCAUGUUGAUGGAUUAAUAUCUAGGAUUCCUCAAUACAAAAAAACAUGGUGUAUGCAAGGAGUUCAGGCAGCUUGGAGGCUUGGCAGAUGGGACUUGAUGGAUGAGUACCUAGAUGGAGCUGAUGAAGAAGGUUUACUUUGUAGUAGCUCAGAGAGUAACGCCUCAUUUGACAAGGAUGUUGCAAAGAUCUUUCGAGCAAUGAGACUGAAAGAUCAGUUCUCUGUUAGUGAGAAAAUUGCAUUAUCAAAACAAGCUCUGAUAGCUCCUCUAGCUGCUGCUGGCAUGGAUUCAUAUACACGAGCAUACCCAUUUGUUGUUAAGCUUCAUGUGUUGCAGGAACUAGAGGAUUUUCAUUCUAUCCUUAAUGGUGAAUCUUUCUUGGAAAAGUCCUGUGUUGGUGAACCAGAGUUCUUAAAAGUAACAGAAAACUGGGACAAUCGGCUUAGAUUUACCCAGCCAUCUCUCUGGACAAGGGAGCCACUAUUGGCUUUCCGGAGACUGGUUUUUGGUGCUAGUGGUCUUGGUGCUCAAGUCGGGAACUGCUGGAUACAAUAUGCAAAACUCUGUCGUUCUGCUGGUCACUAUGAGACAGCUAAUCGAGCAAUUUUGGAAGCCAAUGCAUCAGGUGCAGCUAAUGUUCACAUGGAAAAGGCUAAGCUUUUAUGGGGCACUAGGCGGUCUGAUGGUGCUAUUGCGGAGUUGCAACAGUCGCUUAUGAACCUGCCUGUUGAAGUCAUUGGUUCCGCUGCAAUGUCCUCAAUCACUAGCCUUUCAUUGGUUCCUCUGAACCAACCUCCUUUACCUUGCAAUACUCAAACCUCAAAUGAGAAUCGUGAUGUUGCGAAAAUGCUGUUGUUGUAUUCAAGGUGGAUUCAUUAUACUGGGUUAAAGCAAAAGGAAGAUGUGAUCAGUCUCUUCUCUAGGGUGAGGGAACUGCAGCCCAAAUGGGAAAAGGGAUAUUUUUAUGCUGCAAAAUAUUGUGACGAGUUGCUUGUUGAUGCAAGGAAGCGGCAAGAAGAAAAUUCUGAUACAGGUCCCAGCAUGGUUUCUUCAACUUCUACCACACUUUCUUCCACAAGUUCAAAUACUGAAAAGCCUUGGUGGUGCUUCCUUCCUGAAGUCCUGUUAUUUUAUGCUAAGGGGCUUCACAGAGGCCACAAGAAUCUCUUUCAAGCCCUUCCAAGGUUGUUGACACUAUGGUUCGAGUUUGGUAGCAUUUAUCAGAGGAAAGGUUCAUCAUCCAAUAAAGACAUGAAAUUUGUUCAUGGGAAGGUGAUGGGCAUUAUGCGUGGGUGUUUGAAGGAUUUGCCUACCUAUCAAUGGUUGACGGUUUUGCCUCAGCUGGUUUCUCGAAUCUGUCACCAAAAUGAUGAAAUCGUGCGAGUGGUCAAACACAUCAUCACUUCUGUUCUCCGGCAAUACACACAACAAGCCCUCUGGAUCAUGGCAGCAGUUUCAAAAUCUACAGUUCCUUCAAGGAGGGAAGCGGCUGCAGAAAUUAUAAACAAUGCACGAAAAGGAUCCAAUCAGGGAUCACCCAAUUCCUUGUUUGGUCAGUUUGCCAGCCUAAUUGAUCAUUUAAUUAGACUAUGCUUUCACGCGAGUCAGUCGCGGUGCGCAACAAUCAACAUAUCUACUGAAUUUAGUUCCCUCAAAAGGAUGAUGCCGCUAGAAAUUAUAAUGCCUACUCAAGGAUCAAUAAAUGUUAAUCUUCCCACUUAUGAUACAAGUACAAUAGGACUUUUUUCAGCUACAGAUCUUCCAACGAUAACAGGAAUAGCAGAUGAAGCUGAGGUCCUUUCAUCACUUCAGCGACCAAAAAAGAUUAUUCUACUGGGCAGUGAUGGUGUUAAGCGCCCGUUCCUCUGCAAGCCCAAGGACGACCUUAGGAAAGAUGCACGGAUGAUGGAGUUUAAUGCAAUGAUAAAUCGGUUAUUGUCCAAGGCCCCAGAAAGCCGCAGAAGGAAGCUCUAUGUUCGUACGUUUGCUGUGAUUCCAUUAACGGAGGAUUGUGGGAUGGUAGAAUGGGUGCCCCACACUCGUGGGCUCCGACAUAUUCUCCAAGACAUAUAUAUAAGCUCUGGGAAGUUUGAUCGACAGAAGACAAAUCCUCAAAUUAAGCGUAUUUAUGAUCAAUGCCAAGGUAAAAUGGCUGAAGAUGAGAUGUUGAAGAACAAAAUCCUUCCUAUGUUCCCUCCAGCUUUCCACAAGUGGUUUUUGAACACGUUUUCUGAACCGGCGGCUUGGUUUAGGGCUCGUGUUGCUUAUGCACACACUACUGCUGUUUGGUCGAUGGUUGGGCAUAUAGUUGGUCUUGGAGAUCGUCAUGGAGAAAAUAUUCUUUUUGAUUCAAUGACAGGUGACUGUGUUCAUGUUGAUUUCAGUUGCUUAUUUGACAGAGGCUUACAACUGGAGAAGCCUGAAUUGGUACCUUUCAGGUUGACACAGAAUAUGAUUGAUGGGUUGGGGAUUACGGGCUAUGAAGGCACGUUUUUGAAGGUUUGUGAGAUAACACUAUCAGUAGUAAGGGAACACAGAGAGACAUUGAUGAGUGUUCUGGAGACUUUCAUCCAUGACCCUCUUGUGGAGUGGACUAAAACUCACAAGUCUAGUGGAGUAGAAGUUCAGAACCCUCAUGCUCAGCGAGCCAUAAGCAAUAUUGAAGCACGUUUACAAGGUAUUGUCGUUGGUGUUGGAGCAGCACCAUCUUUAGCGCUUGCUGUAGAAGGACAAGCGCGUCGCUUAAUUGCUGAAGCAGUUUCACACAAAAACCUUGGGAAAAUGUAUAUCUGGUGGAUGCCUUGGUUUUAGUAUCUCAUUCAUCCAUAAGAGGAAUGAAUGACCUUCAAACUCGUACUGGAUUUUGAUUGCUGCCAUUUCAUGGAUUGGGUUGUGCUUAAUUGUUUAUAAAAAGCCAAGAACCCUGAAAUCAGUGUAUAUAAUUUUGUCAUUAUGAACUGUAACUAUUUAGCUUUAAAGAGGUAGAAAUUUCAAAUUUUAUUAUC